UGUUGCUCAGGGAUAGCUCAACUGAUAAAAAGUAGGGGCUGAUUUCGAAUUGUGUUGAUAAACUUUUUUGAUCAAAUUUCGUGUUGAAAAUGACCGAUAACCUAACCCACCGAUAACCUAACCCAUCCCUCGUCCACCGAUAAUGAUAUCUUCCCUCUCAAAGAUGUUAAGUUUGGUCUCUUCUAGCUUGGUCAUUUUCCUGCGUCCUUAAAAUUGUCUACAAAUUAUUAAAAAAUUGUUUUAGCCUAUUUAUUUCAUUUUUCAAUAAAUUCAUAAAAUGCUACAAUCACCGAAAAAUACUGAAAAAUUAAUUAACAACCCUCAAAAUAAUAAUCAAAAUAAUAAAAAUAAUUUAUCAUCAAUUAUAAACCCCUCAAUUUAUUUUUUAAUUAAUUUAUUAUUUAUUUACCAAUUAAUUGUUUAUAUACAAAAUCAUAGCCAUUUGGGCGGUCUAGUAUUGUGGGAUACUGCCUUUCUUUUAAUUGUUAAUGCUGAUCCAAGAUAUCCGUUUCUAAGUUGGUUGUUCGGUGAUUGUUCUAAGGAGGUAAUUUUUUUUUUGAUUAGAAAGAUUUAA